AUUCUUGUUUAUCUGCACAAGUCUUCGUUUUUACUCACAAUCUGCUCGUUCGCUGCUGUUUUCGGUGUUGAUUCACAUUUACUUCGCUGUUGGCAUUAAAAUGGCGUCUCUGGGGGUCAGGGCCCAGCAGCCCGGAGCCGGAGAGAACCCCGUGCGAAUGGGCAAAGCGGCUGUAGCGGGUCCGAGGAGAGCAGCUUUGGGAGAACUCACAAACUUCAACGUUGCAGCCGUCAACACAAAGAGAGGAGCAUCUAAAUCCAAGCCCCCUGCUGCUCUGAAGACAAAGCAGCCUGAGGCCCAGCCCCCGCAGUUGGAGGUCCAGGCAGUCCCUGAGGUCCCCGAGCAUCCGCAGCAGCUGGAUGUGUCCAUGAAGGAGGAGAGUGAGCUGUGCCAGGCCUUCUCUGAGGUGCUGCUCACAGUGGAGGAUGUGGACCAACAGGACUCAGACCUGCCUCAGCACUGCUCCCAUUACGUCAAAGACAUCUACAAGUAUCUGCACGAGCUGGAGCAGCAGCAGGCCGUGCGUCCGCACUACAUGCAGGGCUAUGAGAUCACAGGCCGCAUGAGGGCUCUGCUUGUCGACUGGCUGGUCCAGGUGCACUCCAGGUUCCAGCUGCUGCCGGAGACUCUGUACCUGACUGUGGCUGUGCUCGACCGCUUUCUGCAGGUGCAGCCAGUGUCACGCAGGAAGCUGCAGUUGGCUGGGGUGACAGCCAUGCUGGUGGCCUGCAAGUUUGAGGAGAUGUAUGCUCCGGAGGUGGGUGACUUCGCCUACAUCACGGACAACGCUUUCACCAAAGCCCAAAUCCUGGAGAUGGAGCAGGUGCUCCUGAGGACCAUCAAGUUCCAGUUGGGACGACCUCUGCCUCUUCACUUCCUGCGCAGGGCAUCCAAAGUGGCCAAUUCUGAUGUGGAGAGACACACUCUGGCCAAAUACCUGAUGGAGCUGACUCUGCUGGACUACGACAUGGUUCACCUUCGUCCAUCUGAGAUCGCAGCUGCAGCUCUGUGCCUGUCGCAGCUGCUGCUCGAGGGGCUACCCUGGUCUCCCACUCAGCAGCACUACUCCACUUAUGACGAGGCCCACCUGAGGCCCAUCAUGCAGCGCAUCGCCAAAAAUGUGGUCCAGAUCAACGACGGCAAGACAAAGUUCACGGCGGUGAAGACCAAGUACUCAAGCAGUAAACUGAUGAAGAUCGCCCUGAUCCCUCAGCUCAUCUCUCCCAUCAUCAGGAGCAUGGCGGCUGCAGUGGACCAGACUCACAGAGACUAGAACCAGGGACAAUUAUGCACUUUAUUUUUCACUCCAUCCUGGGGAGACAUGAUUUUAAAUAAACUGUUUUUAUGUAUAUAUAUUUUUUUGCUUAAACUUAAUUUAUUUUUUUAUUUUAUUUUUUUGACACAUUUUAAUUGUUCUAAUCAACUAAUUACUAAAUCAUAUACAGCUAUGGUUCCCAAUUUUUUUGACUGUAGUAUUUUUCGCACUCAAAGUACCCUUUGUUACAAGGCAACAAUUUUUUUUUAUUUUUUAUUCUUGGAAUAAUGGUAAAAUAUGUCAAUAUUGAUGUCCAAACAUAGGAUAACUUUCUUUUUUUUUUCUUUUUUUUUUUUUUUAAAUAAACUUA